AUGGCCUCCACCCCGCAAGAGCUCGUCCCCCAGACCGAAUCCAUCGCGGAGGUCUAUGCCACCGACGACGCUUCCGCCACCACCGUCGCCGCAGAACACCAGACUCGCUUCAACGGCCUGGUCUCCAAGUUCACCAAGCUGUACAACAGCCGCCCCGAUUUUGUCGCCCGUAGCCCAGGUCGCGUCAACAUCAUCGGCGAGCAUAUCGACUACAACCUCUACGAUGUCCUUCCUACCGCCGUCAGUGUCGACGUGAUCAUGGCGGUCAAGGUCAUCCCCUCGGCUGGUUCCGAGACCAUCGUCAAGAUCGCCAACGUCUCGCCGGAGAAGUUCCCGUCGCGCGAGUUCACCGUACCCCGCGAUACCGAUAUCGAGAUCGACCCCAAGAAGCAUGAGUGGGUAAACUACUUCAAGGCUGGCCUUCUGGGAGCCUUGAAGUUCUUGCGCAAGAAGGACCAGGAUGGUUCGUUCGUCCCCGCGAGCGUGGAGGUGCUGGUGGAUGGCAACGUGCCCCCUGGCGGUGGUAUCUCCAGCAGUGCUGCUUUCGUCUGCGCGAGUGCGUUGGCUGUGAUGAAGGCGAACAACCACAACGUCUCCAAGCAGGACCUCUUGGAUUUGGCUGUCGUGUCGGAGCGCGCGGUCGGCGUCUACUCCGGCGGUAUGGAUCAGGCCGCGUCCAUCUUCUCCCGCCGCGGAUACCUGCUCUAUACCCAGUUCUUCCCCCACUUUGCUGUCCAGCAUGUUCCCAUCCCCAAGGCCUCCGAGGAAAUCACCUUCCUCAUGGCCCAGAGCUUCGUCACCUCAAACAAGGCCGAGACCGCGCCCCGUCAUUACAACCUGCGCGUGGCAGAGUGCACCUUGGCGGCCGUCGUCCUGGCCGCCCAGCACGGCCUGACUCUUCCCAAGGACAACAGCUCUCUCGGCUACAGUCUCCGUAACUUCCACCAGGAGCUCAUGCGCAAGGAGGGUCGCCUCCAGGACCCUCUCGAGUACCAGAUCGACUCUGUCAUCCAGGCCACCAUGGACCUCCUCACCCAGGAGCAGGGCUACACGCGCGAAGAGAUCGCCAAGCUCCUCGGCAUUACGGUCGCCGAUCUCGAGGCCACGUAUCUCUCCUCGUUCCCCGUCCAGGCGGAUCGGUUCCUCCUGCGUCAGCGCGCCCUGCACUGCUUCAAGGAAGCCCGCCGUGUGCUGGAUUUCACGGCUUGCCUAGCCAACGCCAAGACCCUCGAUGAGAAGCACAUCAGCUACCUGGGCCAGCUCCUCAACGAGUCGCAGGAGUCUUGCCGCACCAUGUACGAGUGCAGCGCCCCCGAGGUCGACGAUAUCUGUGCCAUUGCUCGCCGGGCUGGUACCUGGGGUAGUCGGCUCACUGGUGCCGGCUGGGGCGGUUGCACCGUCCACAUGCUUCCCCAGUCAAAGGUCGAAGCGGUGACCAAGGCGCUGAAGGCGGAGUACUAUCUGAAGAAGUUCCCUGACAUCAGUGAGGAGAAGCUGGCCCAGGCAAUGGUCAUCAGUAAGCCGUCCAACGGAUCGUUCAUGGUUACGGGAGCUGCGAUCGCGCAAGUCGAAAUCUAA